CCCAGCGCCCCGCCGAGUGGGGCUGGAGCCCGGGAAAGCGCGCGCGCACGCCUGUGUGUGUGUGUGUGUGUGUGUGUGUGUGUGUGUGUGUGAGACAGUGUGUGUCAGGUGACUUGGGUCACGCAGUCUCUCUCUCCCUCCUCGGGGAGGAACUGCCGCGCUCCGGCUGACUCCUCCGCCGGCAGGCGGGCGGGGCGGGGAAGGGGGCUCCGGGCGCGGUGGGAACCGCGAGACCCAGACCUGGACGCCGACAGCCGCGGGGGGCGCGCGGCCCAGCCUCCGCGGGCUCCCGCCAACCUCCAGACAAAACCCCAAUUCAGAAAUAGGUUGCGAGCGGCAGGGGAGAAGGUUUGGCCCCCACCAGGGACCCCCGCCGCCCCCAGGACGGCCGGCCGUGGGAGCGAUGAGCCAGGUGCUGGGGAAGCCGCAGCCGGAGGACGAGGACGACGACGAGGAGGAUGAGCUGGUGGGGCUAGCGGACUACGGGGACGGGCCCGACUCCUCGGACGCCGACCCGGACAGCGGGGCGGAGGAGGGAGUUCUGGACUUCAGCGAUCCCUUCAGCACUGAGGUGAAGCCCAGAAUCCUGCUCAUGGGCCUGAGGAGAAGUGGCAAGUCAUCUAUUCAGAAAGUUGUCUUUCAUAAAAUGUCUCCCAACGAAACACUGUUCUUGGAGAGCACAAACAAGAUCUGCCGGGAAGACGUUUCCAAUAGCUCCUUUGUUAACUUUCAGAUUUGGGACUUCCCAGGGCAGAUUGACUUUUUUGACCCUACAUUUGACUAUGAGAUGAUCUUCCGGGGAACAGGAGCGCUGAUAUUUGUCAUCGACUCCCAGGACGACUACAUGGAAGCCUUGGCCAGGCUCCACCUCACCGUGACCAGGGCUUACAAAGUGAACACUGACAUCAACUUCGAGGUGUUUAUUCAUAAAGUGGAUGGUCUGUCAGAUGACCACAAAAUUGAAACCCAAAGAGAUAUUCAUCAGAGGGCAAACGAUGACCUUGCAGAUGCUGGAUUAGAAAAAAUUCACCUCAGCUUCUAUUUGACGAGCAUAUAUGAUCAUUCAAUAUUUGAAGCUUUUAGCAAAGUGGUUCAGAAACUGAUUCCACAACUCCCCACCCUGGAGAAUUUGCUAAACAUCUUUAUCUCAAAUUCUGGAAUUGAAAAGGCAUUUCUCUUUGAUGUGGUCAGUAAAAUUUAUAUUGCAACUGAUAGUACCCCAGUGGAUAUGCAAACCUAUGAGCUCUGCUGUGAUAUGAUCGAUGUGGUUAUUGACAUCUCUUGUAUUUAUGGUCUCAAAGAAGAUGGAGCAGGAACCCCGUAUGACAAGGAAUCCACAGCCAUUAUAAAGCUGAACAAUACCACAGUUCUUUAUCUAAAAGAGGUGACAAAGUUCCUGGCUCUUGUCUGCUUUGUCAGAGAGGAAAGCUUUGAAAGAAAAGGGCUUAUUGACUAUAAUUUUCAUUGCUUCCGGAAAGCCAUCCAUGAGGUUUUUGAGGUGAGGAUGAAAAUGGUGAAAUCACGAAAGGUUCAGAAUCGGCUGCAGAAGAAAAAAGGAGCCACCCCCAAUGGGACCCCUAACGUGCUGCUGUAGUGAGGCUUCAGGAGUGUCUUUGCGCAUCAGACCUUUCAACGAGGCCGCUGCGCUGUGUUGCACUGAAGGAAGAGGAAAAAGGAGAUUGGGACACAUGACGUAUUUGUUGUACAAAAAAAAAAAAAAAAUCCCUGCAACCCUCUUGAUCUUCUCUUUUUUAAAUAAAGUGAGCACUUUGAAGCCAAAACUUGUAUUUUAACAAUGAAGUAAAAUCUACUGUAAUUUCGUUACACAGAUGUAAACUUUUAUGGUCUGUAGUCAGAAACUCCUAGGUGAGGACUUCCAGGAACUGUAUAUAUUUUGCUCUUUUUCAUGUUUUUUUUCUUUGAACUUUGAUAAAACGACUUUUCUAAGCUUUUUUCUGUACUUGGUGUCAAGGACAUGCAUACUGUAAUGUAGUUCAGAUCUCUAUGGCAAUCAGAAAUCAAAAAGCAAUGCACUGGCAAAGACUUUUUUUUUUUUAUAAAUUUGGGAAUCUUCGCUACUAAUUGUUGAGAAAAAUCAUUUUUCAGUGGAGCUGGAACAGAUUGGGGCAGCAAGCUCCAGGAGCAAUAAGAACUGUCUCCUGUUUAUAACUGGUAUAAAUGGGAGUUUUAUAGAAUAACAUUAGCACCAAACUUACCUAAAAAUUUCUAUAGCUGUGGCAGGACUUCCCUACUCAACAGUUUUUACAAAGCUCUUUACCUCAACACACAUCUCUAGAAUCAUUUUAUACAGAGAGGUUAUUCCUUUUUGCUGCAUUUCUGUUCUUUAGAACCUUCGGGACCAGAUUUCCAAAGUGGUGCCAAUCACUGGAGAGAAAGAGGAAUGUUGCAUUUCAGGGUUUCUGGAGGCUGUUCUGUACCUGCCACUCAGGCUGAAGUUACAUCAGAGGUCACAUGGUUUCCCAAAUGUAGGUGAUUGGUUACCUACAGAUUUAAAAAUAGAUAUACAAUUUGUAUGUUUGGCCCCUGGGGAGUGGGCUUGUUGUUGUGCAACAUUUAAAAUGCUUAUUUAGGAUCAUGAGCACAGGGAAUGUCUCAUGAGGAUCUCUACCACAGAGCAUAAUCCUGGUGAGCACAUUUGUCAGCCCUGAGCCUCCUGCUCAUCCACGACAGUGUGCCUUGUGGACUCUGCCCGUUCCCACCUUAGAGUUGAACUAGAGCUCAGGGGCCAGCAGCAAACCCCUAACUAUCGACGGAAAGAGGACGGCCAGAGGGGGCAUUACAGUCAGCUCUGUGUUUGUUUCCAAGAAAUUCUUCCACUUAGGUUUACUUCAGACUUUCAGGACGUUAAGGGACCCCCCAAAUCUCCCUUCACCCCAAACCAUUCCUGGUAGAUAAUUCUAUGUCCAUUAGGUAAUUCUGUGUCCGUCCCAAGGGUCAGUGCCCGAAAGCCUACUUGUGGGUAUUAGAAAAUAAUUUUAUGGAUUUAUGUAUUUUUAAGCAAAGACUCAUAAGGAAAUCAAAGCUGGUCCUAGCAAAAUGUACCAAGUUCGUAAAGCGACUUGCCCUUGAAACUCUCCCGCUUCUAUCUGUGGCUUCCUUCCAUCCUCUCUCCUUCCCUCCCCAAGUCCUAUUCCUUUGAGGUUGCUAACUGCAAUGCAAGAUGGUAGCUGAUUGAGGUGUAAGGUUUGAGUCUUCCCAAGGGUCUGUGCAUUUUGGAAGGAAAUUUCUAAAAAUCAUUAAGGCGACCAACUCCCUUCCUCAUGAUUCCUGCUCAGAAACCUGGGUGGGUAGGAACCCAGGGUUCCAAAGGAGACUUUUCCUUAAUUUCUAGCCCUGUAUCCUAUUGGAUCUUUGGAUCUUUGCCAACAGGUUUUACAGGUGGGUUAUUCUUAUAAAUUUAAUGUUCUAAUAUUUUUUACGCAAUGUUUCUUUUUGAUUAGUAAAUAAAGAAUCACUUUUCUAAUGUGACUUUAUCCUCAAGGUAGAGACGCUUACCUAUCUGGUUAAUCACACAUUACUAAGGUAUAUUAUAUAUUAUUGUAACCAGGAGGAGUUUCCAUUUUUAAGCUGGGUAUAUGAUGGGUUUUUGUUAAAAUGUGCCUUAAAAGUCUAUUACUUCAGGAGCAAAUGAUUUUUGGGGGGAAAAGCAAAAAUAAUCCUAUGGCAUAGGACUGGAGUUCAUGGUAGUAAGUGCACUCUUUGAUUGAUCACACACUAAUACAUUAGGAUUAUUGCCUCAAACCUGUAGCAUGGCAAUGACCUCUUAGUUAAAGACAGAUGUAGGAGUUAUGUCUAAGUGUUCAAUUUUUUAAGUCUGAGCUAUUGGAAUUACAGAAUCUCUUCUAUUCCUUUUGCAUUUUAUUUUCGAUAUGGAACUUAGCUUACUGCGAUGUGUAUGGCCAUGUUUAGGUCUCAAAUCUCAUGCUAUAAAUACAAAGCCCAAAUACAUGGCUACAGUGACUUCUCUGGAACAUGUUUGCUCAUUUUCAAAGGUUGAGAACUUGACCUACAGGUUUCUGGGGCAAUUAGAACUUCUAUGUGGAGGUGAGACUGUGAAUUACCAUCUUUGGUUAUUUUUAGUGAUAUAAAUGAGUGUGUAUGACCAGGGUAGAGUGUUUUUGAAGGAAUAUAAAUUUAAAAAAAAAACUGGUUGGCGCUCACGGACACUGUUCUUUUGUGCAUAAUAUACUUUGGACCCUUAAAUAUAAAAUGACUAGAAACACAGCAAUAUUGUUAUAUACGGGUUAUAUGCUAACUCUGUUUGAGACAUACUCCAGAAAAAUGGCUGAAAUGUCUUGAUUAUUAAAGUAUGGUAUGCAUUUAACUUCUAUA